AUGGGUCGUUCAAAGACAACCUUCAAACGUAUUCCAAAUGAUAGAGUUCGUAAAGCAACUUUCAUGCAGAGAAGAAAGGGACUAAUGAAGAAAAUAUCUGAAUUUUCAACUAUGUGUGGAGUUGAAGCUUGCUUAAUUGUGUAUGAUGAGAAUGGGGAUGCUCGACCUAUGACUUUUCCCCAACAACCUACAAAGGUACAGUCCAUCAUUAACAAGUAUGAGCGGGAAAAAAAUGAGAAACCUUGCAAGAUCUUUGAUCUUGAAGACUUUUUCAAGAAUAAGAUGAACAUGGUUGAAGCUGAGAUUUCAAAAGUGCAGAAAGAGACCCUCAAGAUCCAAAAUCCAACUUCGCAUCCGAGUUUCAAUAUUCUAGAAGAGGAGCAGUUGAACGAGUUCAUUGCUGUGUUGGAUGCUAAGCUUGGAGCUUGUAACGAGAGAAUUGAGAUAUUAAAAAAAGAGCAUCGAACUGAAGCCAAUAAUCUCAAUUGCAUCCAAAGCAUGGCUCCGGAGACCUCAGGAGCAAGCCAACUCAAUUUCAUGCACAACGUGUCUGGAAGCCAACUUAUCCCUGCUCCUAUGAAUGCACUCAACGAUUACAAUGGGAACAUGGUUUCUAUGUUGGGUGCUAAGAAUGAAGCCUGUAAUCAGAGAAUUGGUAUGCUGCAAAACCAAACUCAAAGCCAAUUUAUCCCUACUCCUAUGAAUGCACUCAUUGAUAAUAAUGGGAACAUCAUUUAUAUGUUGGAUGAUGGAGCUGGUAGUCAGACAAUUGAGAUGUCACAAAACGAUAAUCAAAGUGAAGCCAACUUCAGUUUCAUACAAAAUAUGAUUCAAGAGAGUAUUGUCUCUGAUCAAAGCCAACUCAAUUUCAUGCCAUAUAAUUUUCAAAACCAACUUAUCCCUUUUCCAAUGAACGAACUCAAUAAUUAUAAUGGGACGAUGAAUUUUACUAAUCAAGUUCAAGUGCCUCUACAUUCUACAAAUCAACUUUGUAGGCAUAUGGACUGUGCUGGACAACUUGAUGAGCUUCACCAUUUGACAGGGUCUCAGAAUUCGGCUAAUGAAAUAAGUGAACUUUUGAAUUGGACCGGGGAACCUGAUGAAUCUGUGUUGCUGAAUAAUCCCUUGCCACCACCGAUGUAUGAAUUUCAAAACAAUGCGUGGUUAUCCUACCACAUGAAUCCGUAA